AUGGCUUCGGCCUUGCUCCACACGCAAAACGAUGAAAAAGAAGCAAAGAACAACAUGAGAAACCCGGUGGCCAAACGAAAACAGAGAAACAGGUCGACUUUUGAACCUAACGUUAUUCCCCGUCCCUCUGAACGGCCGACCACCAGAAACGGCAUCUCUCACGCCCGUCUAGCCAAUGGACCUGUCUGCCCGGCCCAUGUUCCUUUCCCAUCCCCAUCAACCGCAUCACGUGCACUCGAAAACCGCCCAACCACCGCGCCCCAGCCGAGAGACGAUGGAGAAACAAAGAGCUGGAGAAAGCGCCCGUCCCAUAGCAAGACCAAGCCCUUUCCUCUCCCGCCAACUUGUUUCCACGGCCUUCUCCCCCCUCGGAUGCCCCCUUUCGCCUCUAAUUUCCCUACAAUUUCAUAA